GUUCUAAUAAAAUCGAGUAUAAAGCUAGCACACUUUAUUGUUGAUAAUCACUGUAAUCACAAAUACAAAAUGGCGACGAUCAACUUGUUUAUUUUAUUGUGUUGUGCAGCAGUAUUUGUCUCUGCACAAAAUGCUGAUGUAGCAACAGCGGGCGAAAGAAUUUGGGGUGGAGAGGAAGCAGAAAGAGGACAAUUCAAAUGGCAAGUAGGCAUCGCCAACAAAAUGGAAAAUGGACUUUAUUAUCCAGUUUACAGUGGAGCCCUAAUUUCCAAACAAUGGGUUCUAACACAUCCUUCCGUUGGUUCCGAUUUUGACGUCAUUUUGGGUGCAACUCGCUUGUACGAUGAUCAAGAUGGCAAAAUAAUAACUAAAUUCGAGAAAAUUGUACGUAGCUCCGAAUAUUCUUAUGUUGCUUUAGGUAAACUUGUUGCACCAGUGCAGUUUACCAACUUUAUUGGACCAAUUAAACUACCAAAACCAACUGAUUACCUUACUGGAGGUACCUCAGUGUGGGCUAGUGGUUGGGGUUGGAUGAAUAAUAACGGUGCAGAAUUUGUCAAUGAACUCAUGUGUGUUGAUUUGAUUACGCUCUCCCCGGAAAAUUGCUACUCUGGUAAUUACCCGGAUUAUUUUGUGUGUACUGAUGGCAGUGAAGGAAAAUGUCCAUGGGAGGGCGGAGACAAAGGUGGGGCACUUGUGCAAUACGUUAAUGGCGCUUGGACUCAUAUGGCUAUAAUGAAUUUUAUUCAUAAUAGUGUUGGAUGUGCUGAAGGUGAACCCACUGUAUUCACACGCACAACAUAUCUUCUUGAUUUUAUUUACGCUAAUACUGGUCCGAUAUCCAACUAUAAUUAAUUAUUCAUUUAUUAUUGUUAACAUAAAUAAACUUUGUGUUUAUUGACCUAAUAAAGAAAGUUAUACCUA